GAAGCCGGCGCAGGAAGCAGCAGCAGAAGCCCAGCAGCCUCCAGCUGUGGUCUACAGUCAUUGGGUGGACAUCAUGCUGCUCUUCACUAAGUCUCCAUGUGUUUAUUGGCAGAUAUGUCAGCUUGCGAACACACGGCUCAACACGGUGAACCCACACACACUGAGGAACCUGUUUACCCAGCUCAGGAGCUUGUCUCGCCCGUCCACUGCGCAUGCGCUGCAGCCCAUCUGUCGGCCAAACAACAAAUGGUUUGAGAGCAGACUUGAUGGUGACAGGUGGAGGAAAAACAUCCAUGUGACGUCACUAAGGCUGGAGAACCCCCCCCCUGUUCAGACCAGUGAGCUGUCUGAAGCAGCGUAUGAGAAGCUGGCAGACGAGACGCUGGACGCUCUGACUGACUAUUUUGAAGACCUGAUGGAUGAAGCUUUCACUGGAGCAGAGUACGAUGUCUUGUUCUCUAGUGGCGUGUUGACAGUGAAGCUGGGCAGGGAGCACGGCACCUACGUCAUCAACAAACAGACGCCAAACAAACAGAUCUGGCUGUCUUCUCCCACCAGUGGACCGAAGCGUUACGACUGGACAGGUGAACGCUGGGUGUACUCUCAUGAUGGUCUGAGCCUCCACCAGCUGCUCUCUAAAGAGUUCUCCAUCAUCUUCAGUAAAACCAUGGACCUAUCUGACCUGCCAUACUCCUGAGGUGCCACAGCCACUAAUGACUGCCUACAGUGGGACUACUGCGAAUCAUCCAACUACUGUCAGAUCCUAUAGGAGCCACGGACACACAGUAUUUAUACACAACUCUACAGUAACGUCACAGUAAACGCCCUGAGGAGAGCAGCUGUAUAUAAUGAGUGAUCUAUAUGUGUUCUAUAAUAACGUAUUGUUUGAGUUUAUUUCAUUUACAGCAUUUUAAAAGCAAACGGGUUUGCACCAAAGUGCUUCAACAAAGACAGACAUAUUAUGUAUGUAUACAGGCAAAAAAACGAUAUAUGUGCAUAAAUAUUGUCAUUUUAUUAAAUAUUUGACAAAC